AUGCAACAAGCUCGACAGAUGGCGAGUGAUUUCCCAUGGAUGGACGAAAGUAUCUUGCAAAAGCAUCGAAAGCCUUCUUUCGUCAAGAUAACCGUUUCAAGCCUCAACCUUGUUCAAGAUAGUUUACCUCGAAUUCUCCCAGCACAACUUGUCCAGUUGGCAGAUGGUUGGAAAGCAAAGAAAGUGUAUGCAUCGGGAAGCAGACACUACCCAUCCUUCUACGUUGAACCUGAUCAAGCACAACGUCAAUGGCGAAACCUCUCAGACCCAAAAGAAUAUGAAAAAUGGGCAGCUUACCGUCGUGAUAAACCGGAAGAUUGGAAGAGAUACAAAGAUGAACGAUUAGGCGGUGCUCUUUCGGGUGGAAUGGGUGCAGAGCAAAGAGAGUAUUGGAAAGCAAAAGAUGCAUUGAGAGGAGUUGAAACACAAGCUACACAACAACAACAGUAA